CUCAUAUACAGAAGCUUUUCUGUCAGCAUCAAAAAUGGUAAACCGGACUCAGCCAAAACCGGUAUCAACGAUGCCAAAAGGUCAGGUAUUCAGACAAAGUGCAAAAAGAAGAAAGGAUGAUACUCCAACGGAAAAGACUGAUUCGAAAAAGCAAAGCUUGUCAAAGAAACCAAAAUUAGACAACACAAAGACAAAGAAAGAGACUACUCCGAAUAAAAAAGAAAGUUCACAAGAAGGAAAGCCGAAAUCCAUCUUGAAGAAUGGACCGCAAAAGAAAGAGCCUGUCAAAACUGCAAUGAAGCAAAAACAAGAUGACAGUAACGAUUUAGCUCUUCCUAAGGAUGCUGCAGCUAAGAAAGGAAAGGGAAAGGCAGCCGAAAAGAGUAAAGCACCAUCCGAGGCAACUUUAAAAGCGGUCAAGCAGCCAUUAAAAGAAUCACCGCUACCGAGAACGUUCAGGAUCAUCACUGGAUCGUACGAGAGAUUAUUGUUUGGAUUUCAGGUAAAGAUGGAAGCACAUGGAGAAUUAUCUUCUCAAGCUACAUUCACGCCCAUGUUUAGCUUUGCAGCACACACCUCUUGUAUCACCGCUGUAGCCGCUGCAGGUGUUGAUUCAAAGUGGCUGGCGACCGGUGCCGGUGAUGAAACUGUUCGAGUUUGGGAUUUACGUAAACGAAAAGAAGUUGGAGGUUUGACCGGACAUGGAGGUACGAUUCAUUCGCUAAGCUUUCCUUCUCGUACUUACCUUAUCUCGGCUGAUUCAAGUGGUUUGAUCAAUCUGUACAGGACAAGAGAUUGGGCUUUGCUUAAAACAUUACGCGGUCAUACCGGUCGUGUGAAUGCAUGUCAAGCUCAUCCUUCCGGCAAGGUAGCAUUAUCUGUUGGACAGGAUGGUAUGCUGCGGAUGUGGGAUCUUAUGCGAGGAAAAGGAGCAGGAGCAGUGCGAUUGUAUUUGGGAAUGUCCGAAGAAGAUGCAGGAUCUUCAAGUCAUCGGACAAAAGAAGAACCGCUAGACGUUCAAUGGAGCCCAGAUGGUUCAAGAUUCUUGGUUAUGGGACGUACAGAGAUCUCAAUUUACACAACUGAUAUGAAAAAGCUAGCCUGUGUCAUUGUGAGACGGGAUGAUCCCAAACACAAGUUUGGAUCGGUCGCUUGGCUAGACACAAAGACGAUCUUAGCCGGUACAGAAAGCGGAACUGUGGAUACAUAUCGUAUCAACAAAGAUGCACUUGUUGGACCAAUCGAUCAAUUGAUCGGACAUGAGAAUCGAGUCAAAGCUAUCCGAAGCGUUCGUAUUCAACCCACAACAGCACCUCAGCCUCUCACUCUUGUUGUGACAGCUUCAUCGGAUGGUAAACUUCGCGUUUUCGAUUGUAGUGACCUGGUAGAGAAGGCAAUAGACGAGAAACCGGAGGAGCCACACCAAAAGGAACCAAUCGGUACACACAGUACGGGUGGUGCACGUUUGACUUCUUUAGAUGUCGUUGGUGGUUCUGGCGUCAGAACCGCUGCAACAGAUUCCAAAGAAACUGACGUAGAAGACGAAGAUGAUGAUGAAGAGGAAGAAUUCUCUGGAGAUGGAGACAGUGACAUAGACAGCGAUCUUGAUGGAGCAGAAUCUGAAGGCGAAUUAGACGAAGCUGAGAUGCAGGAGCUCAAUGAUCUUUUGGAUCUUCUCGAUGAAGCUAAAGCGCAAGGUCUUGAUGUUGAAGGUCUGAGCGAAUUUGAGGACGAAGGCGAAGAUGAAAUUGACGAAGAGGAAGAAGCAGAAGAGGAGGACGAUGAAUGAUACUGUCUCAAAAAGGAUACCCUUCUUCGGCCUGUCAUUCUAUUUGUACAUUACAUAACAUUAAUAUCCAUCAUUUGC